CUCACGAUGUUUGUGUCUGGGCAGUUCAAUCUAUAAGUCCUAGGCCGCUGAACAGUAGAAGUGACAGAGCAUCCUCUGUGACCUUCACGCACAAUAACAGCCAUGGGCUCAUAUCAAGCAACGAUCAAUGUCGCCAUCAUCGGAGGAGGUCCGGCCGGCUUGGCGGCAGCAAUUUCACUGUCGAAGCUGCCGUUUCUCUCGACUGUCCUCUAUGAGCGGAAUUCUGAGCCUCAAGAAGUUGGAGCAGGCAUCAGCCUAAGUUAUAAUGCCUGGAAGGUUCUGGAUCUGCUAGGGGCCGCCGACGGAGUCAAAGGCUUCUCGAAAGCUGAUACACGUCAGAGGAAUGGUUACACCGGUGAAGUCAUUUUGCUGCAACCACAUCCAGAGAACGGUGAUUUAGAUCCUCGUGGGGCCAUCAGAGCUCGCAGAACUCGGCUUCAAUCUGGUCUUUUGGAGAAGGUUCCGGAUGGAGUGAUAAAGUACGGGAAGAAACUGGUGUCGGCGCAGAACGCUGGCUCAGAAGGCGUGCGCCUGUCGUUCGAGGACGGGACGGAGGCACUUGCAGACUUGGUGAUUGGAGCCGAUGGCAUUCGUUCCGUGAUCCGAAAAACACUCUAUCCAGAUCACACGAUCCAUUUCACCGGAAACACGGUCUGGCGGACCCUUGUCCCGAGAUCAUCUCUCUCACACAUACCUGACGUCACCAAUGGGACAUCAUGGUGGUAUGUCAAGGGUGGACAUGCCUAUUUGUCAGGAGUCGACGAUUCUUCCGAAAUUCCUCUCGAGAAACAGCUAUUCGAACUCUCUGUGAGAUCCUACCACGAGCCUGAUAUCCCAGGCCGGACGGUAUCGUGGGGGAUCCCCGCAACAAACGAAAGAGUGCAGGCUCGCUUUGUGAAAUACGACCAAAGGGUUCGAGAUGCAAUUGCAGCUGUCCCGGAAGGAGCGUGGAAGGAGUUUGCCAAUUACGCAGGUCCUGGCCCGGAAGAGAUUACUGGGUGGAACAAGGUGGUUUUAAUAGGGGACGCUAGUCACCCGCUCCAUGGUACCCCCCUAGUCCUCUUGAUACAACUGAAGAUGCCAAUACUCUAUAUUUAGGUGCAUUUGGGUCUGGAGCCACGUUCGGCAUGGAAGAUGGGUGGCUUCUGGCGCAGGCGCUCGAGCACGAAUAUUCGCUCGGAUCGGAAACGCUGGUCGAGGAUACGCUUCAGGCCUUCGAAGAAAUCCGCCUUCCUUAUUAUAAGAGAAUGUACAGGUAUCUUGACGCCCAAAGCGCGAGUGCUAAAAAAGCCGAGGAAGAAGAGAAGACUUUCGAGGAACUUCUUGAGCUCAGAUUCAAGUCGUUUGGUAUCGGGCAGAAAGACAACCUGAACUGGAUCUAUAAGCAUGAUAUCGGAAAAGUCUGGUCUGACUACUUGAAGGGUAUCAAGGAAUUCCAUGGCUAGAGAUCAUAGUUAAGACUUCAAGACACAAGGGUAACCUCGAAAGAGACCCAUCUUGGAGAAAAGCCGACCCAGCGACCGUAGAUAUCAUGGAUCAUUCGAGACACUUGUCGUUGGUAGAACACCACUGAGAUAACGCC